ACACACGCUCGCACACGCGCGCGUGCUCUCGGUUUCAGAGCUGGAGCUGCCGCAACACCCCGUCCUCCAGUUUUUUUCAUACGGCGUUUGCUUCUCCCUUCAGCUCUGCCGACCGACCGAGGCGCCGCAGGAGCAGACGGGCUGAACCGACGGGCAUCGUGGGAACAGCACCGACGGCAUCACACAAAAACAAACCAACAAAAACACGCAUAGGGUCGACGAGUUUAGCGUCUCGUUAUCUGCAGCUCCCCACAGUUCGGUUGAGCGGUAUGAGGUACACGAGCGGACCGGAUUAGGAGCCGUCAUAUUCUGCCGUGUUCAAUGUGGUUCCGACUGCAGCCGACUCGCGCCUCGCAGUUGACGCUAGCACGGCGCGGCCGCGUUGAUGCAGCAGCGCGCGCCUGCGGUGUUCACAUCCACCGCGCGGACCUGCAUGAAGACAAAAGGCGAGGCGUUCGCCGGACCGGACUCCCGAGGCUGCACUAACCCAGAGUGUGCCCCCGCCGCGGCUCCACCAGUGUCUGUGAGGAAUCGGGCUAGCGAGUGAAGUGACCGUCGGACAGGUAGCUGCGUCAGGAUGGCGGCUGUGGUGAACUACUCGCCUCCAUGGUGGGUGGACCUGCUGCACCGCUUGCCUCAUUUCAACAUUGAAUUCCAGCUGGUGAGCAGUGACUUCAGGCCAGAGGACUCUGAGUACCAGAAGUCUAUUUUGCUGCUUGGUGCGGUGGCUUUGGUGUGUCUGGCCCUGGACCUCCUCUUUCUCCUCUUCUACUCAUUUUGGCUGUGUUGCCGGCGACGCAAGAGUGAUGACUCCUCUCACUCCCAUACACACUCCCAGCAGCCCAGCGCUGACUGCUGCUGCACUGCCUGGUGUGUCAUCAUUGCCACACUCGUCUGCAGCGCCGGCAUCGCUGUAGGGUUUUAUGGAAACGGGGAGUCGAGUGAUGGUGCCACUCGUUUGGCGUACUCCCUGCGUCACGCCAACCGCACGGUAUCUGGGGUAGAGAAACUGGUCUCUGACAGCGCCUUAGCCUUAAACCAGACAGUGGAGGAGAGCUUAGUCCAGUUAGAGACUGCCUUCCAGGAGCAGACAGACUACGUGUCCAUCGUCCAAAAGCUGCAGGGCCAGCUGGACGAGCUGGUGAGGCUGAUGGUGGAUGUUCCCUUUUGGUCCAGCACUGACAUUUCUCUGGAGGACUUGGCACGGAAGACAGAGGCCUUUGACUUUUACAGAUGGUUGGGGUACUUGGGCCUGCUGCUAUUUGAUGUACUAAUUUGUCUGCUGGUACUCUUCGGCCUGAUACGCAACUCUAGAGGCACUCUGAUCGGAGUGUGUCUGCUCGGGGUUCUGACUCUGAUAAUCAGCUGGGGGUCUCUCGGAGUGGAGCUGGCCGUUGCUGCUGCCGGCAGUGACUUUUGCGUUUCCCCUUAUACCUACAUCACCAGGGUAACCAAGGAAAAUGCUGUCAUCAACCAAGAUAUCCUGCAGUAUUACCUGAAGUGCAGCUCUGGCCAAGUUAAUCCUUUCCAGCAGAGGCUAUCAGGGAGUCACAAGGCAUUGGUGGAAAUGCAGGAUGAUGUGGCAGAGCUACUGAGAUCAGCAACACGUGAUUAUGCCAACACCAAGGGGAGUCUUGAGCAAAUCCAGUCUGUGCUGAAUUCUACAGAAGUGGGUUUACACCAGCUGACCGCUCUGGUUGACUGUCGCAGCCUACACAUGGACUACGUUCAGGCUUUAACAGGCCUGUGCUAUGACGGAGUGGAGGGUCUCAUCUACCUGAUUCUCUUCUCCUUUGUCACUGCUCUGAUGUUCUCCUCCAUUGUGUGCAGUGUGCCUCAUACCUGGCCUGGCAAGAGGACGGAUGAGGAAGACGGAGAGGACGAGUCUGGUGCCUCACGGGGCGGUGUGCACGAUAACCUGUACCGCGUUCACAUGCCCAGUCUCUACAGCUGUGGCUCCAGCUACGGUAGCGAAGCUAGCCUGCCCGCUACAGCUCAUACUGUCAGCAAUGCCCCCGUCACUGAAUACAUGAGCCAGAACGCAAACUUUCAGAACCCUCGGUGUGAGAACACCCCCCUGAUUGGCAGGGAGUCCCCUCCGCCCUCUUACACCUCCAGUAUGAGAGCUAAGUACCUAGCCACCAACCGACCAGACCAGAACCGACGCUCCGUUCCUAACGACCAACUGGACCCUGCUAGCCGGCCUCACCCUGCCGCACGACCACAGUCCUCUGUCCACUAGAAACCAGAAUGCAACCCAGUACUGCCUGAAUCCAGUUCUCACAGCCAACAACAAGUUCUCAACACAGUGAUUGAAGCACCAACGUGACCCCAGUUUGUAACAAUCCACAGAAUUACUAACGCCAAAUCAGCAGCAUGCCAGAACUCCCCAAACCAGUCCAUCAGAAUAGAACAGCACACCUUGGAUGAUCACUUUUUCUUCAUGGACACAACCUGAGCUGCUCAUUCCACCACUGCUGUGAAGAAUCAGCCCACAUAACCACAUCUCACAGCUACGAAAGCGCCUUGGAUCCAUCGCCUCAGUUUUCUUGUCUACUCCACAGACACCUUCCCUCCACUGGGAUCUGUACACUGCCCUCCAGUGGACACGGUACAUCAUCACCAACCAACGAACCACAGUUUUACAUCUAGACCAAACACUCAGACACAGACAAGAGCAUACACAUACUCACACAGACUGUACAGAGAUGUAAAUAAUAAAUGUGUGCUUUAUCCAGAUUUCAUGAGAAGUAGACUGUUGAAUCAUUACUGGUAAUGUUGUGUGCUGCGUGUUUAUCUUGGAAAUUGUUGCUGUACACACACAUAUGAGUAGACAGAUAGUCUAACAAUCACUCAUCUGUUAAUAAUAAGCCAGUGAAUCACAAAGCCAUGUUUAGAUAAAACACCACAUCCGCAUCCUCUCCUUAGCAUUUACCAUUGUUGUCUAACUGAGACUUGAAUCGUGUGGCCAUGUGUCUCUGAAUUUGCAUUUGUGCACAUACAGUAAACAUCAAAUACUGCAGCUUCUGAACACGAGCCUGGAAUUGUGGAAUAACUGCUUUGAACUGUGCGAAUUGGAUGGAGGAACAAAGGACAAACGGUGGUUCAACCUGUGCCAAAAGACUUUAAUAGUACAAAUGAAGGAUGCCUGAUUUGUCCUACUGCCUCCAAAUGUUUUAAAAAGGGAAAAUAGAGACUGAUAGAAUAUUUUCCCCCCAUGUGAAAAUAGGAAAGGAACCAGAAGGACACUUGAAAAGAGCAGCGUUGGACUGAAAAUAGUGACUAAAUGUUUGCUAGGUGCUACGUUAACCUGCCGACGUCCCGGAGGACGAGCAGGACUGAGGAGGGAUGAGACAUUUGUUAUUUUCAAGUGUUUUGCUUUCAUUCAGGGAAGUGAUCGGAAACAUUGAAACCAGUAAAAUAGAACAGCUUUCCAACAUUAAUGUGAAUGGAAGUUGUGUCCCUGUUUGUUUCAGAAUCCAGGACAGUGGGUAUUUUUUAUGUUUUGUCAUGAGCUGACGCUCGGGAUGUGAUACUGUGACCAGCUGUAGUAUUCUGUUGAUUCUUUUGUCUUGCGCUUUUAUUUUGUCAACUGGUGACCUUGGACCAACCUCCAGUCGCCAUUUGUGAUUCUGUUCUUUUCCUUUUUGUACCCACAAGCACAAAUUCUCUUCAAGGUGACUUUGCAAGGUGGAGAAAUGAAACACACUGUACACCGCCUGCAGCACUGCCAGUGGUUUUCCUCCCGCUCUACUACUCUGUACAGUGUAUAAAACUGUAGUCGUGAACCCGUGUGUGAUAUCACUGCAGCGUGAUUGACUGUUGCUCUAUCUCAGUGUUACUGUGUUUAAGUACAAUGAUUGCUGUGUCUGACCGGCUGAAACGAGCUCGAGUUCUUUCUACACAGACGCCGCACAUGCCCACAGAUGCACACUACACACUGCAGUAUCAUAGCUUCCAUCUUUGCUUCUUUAUUCUGUUACAUUCACAUCUAGAGCUGUAGGAACUUCACAACCUCCCACACUGAUAUCCAUUUGCAUUAUGGCUGAAGCAGUAGGUAGAACCUGCAUUUCAGACGAACACGGCAUCUCUAGUGACAGUCGCUGAGUAAGAAGCGCUACCAUUCAAACACCGUUCAACCUGUACAGCAUUAUAAUAUUUUACUAUAAAUUAACAACCACUUCUCGUAUUAGCGAGACAAUCUAACAUGUGUGACUCUAAAGAAAAUGUCCAUGUUAUGGUAACAAUGCUACCUACGGUCGAGUACAUUACAAUGUUCCUUUGCACCAUUGAUGCAAACAGUGUUGAGAUCUUUUGGACUAGUCACUGAUUAAUGGCCUUUCAUAAUGUUUUUAACUCUUGCAACACUCUUCAUAUCACAUGUUUCUUAAUUUUCUCUGUCUUGUAAAAUUCAGACUUUAAAGAUAAAGUAUUAGCUAGCUGUUUUGUAGGAGAAUAAAGGCAAGAGCAGCGUUUUUCCUCUCUUAUUAAUGGUGAAUGACUCUCUGUCUUGCAAUGUUUUAAUAAAACUAUUCCAGUGUAAUCUGCAUAGCUGACUCAAAGAUGUAUUUGAAUUCCUGCGCGGUGCUUUCUGGGAUCUCUCAUACCGUAUUUUCAAAAGAAAAGGAGCCAAGCUCUUGGAAGAAUCAACAAUGUUUGUGUGUUUGCAGGACUUCAAAUACAACUCUGUCCAGAUGUGGCAGACAAACAAUGUUUUCUAUGGCUGUUUUUAUUUUCUGAUAGUUGAACUAUGAUAUUAAUAAUGUACAUGUCAAAACUGUGGUAACGAUAUCAUUCAGCCUGGAAUAAAUGUUUUAAAAAACAAAAUUAAAGCAACUUUAACGUAACAA